UUUCGCACACGCGCGCGUCGCUCCUCCGAAGACCCGAUCGGACCACGAGAGCCGCGGUGAUACACUCCCGGAAUCGCAUUCAGUGUCGUACGCUGACCGUCACCAGACGUCCGGCUCACUUUCGCAUUCACCGCCGUUUAAGUCCUGUCGAUCGUUUUUUUUUCUCUCUCUUUUCUCCUCCACUACUCAAUAACACUUAUUCUUAUCACCGUCGCCGACCGGGUGUUAACCAUUUCUUUUGAUACGACAUCAUAAUAUUAUCCACAUCCGAAAGACCAGUGAUAGCCAUGGCAGCGACGGUUUCCAACGGUAACGGAACUGACGUGGUGAGCUUACUGAAAAAGAACAAACCUCCAGCACUGAAGAAACUGGCGUCGUGGAAGGACGAAAACGAAUUCGACGAUACCGGCAACCCAAAAACGCCGAGAACUUCCACCACGCCGGGUAAGAUAACGGGUCAUGAACAUUGCACGUUUCACCACGACUUAGAGCUGGACCACAAGCCACCUACUCGUGAAGCCCUGUUACCGGACAUGACUGACUCGUAUAAGAUGCUUUUGAGCGCGUUGGGAGAAAACCCCGAGCGCCAAGGAUUACUGAAGACUCCGGAGAGGGCUGCGAAGGCAAUGUUAUUCUUCACGAAAGGCUAUGAUCAGACACUGACAGACGUACUUAACGAUGCCGUAUUUGACGAGGAUCACGAUGAAAUGGUUGUGGUGAAGGACAUCGAAAUGUUUAGUAUGUGUGAACAUCAUUUAGUUCCAUUUUACGGAAAAGUUUCGAUUGGAUAUUUGCCGAAAAACAAAAUUUUGGGCCUCAGCAAACUUGCACGCAUCGUGGAGAUGUUCAGCAGAAGACUUCAAGUUCAAGAACGAUUAACUAAACAGAUUGCUGUGGCUGUCACCCAAGCUAUCCAACCUGCUGGAGUUGCUGUGGUCAUUGAAGGAGUUCAUAUGUGUAUGGUCAUGAGAGGCGUGCAAAAGAUAAACAGCAAAACCGUCACGUCUACCAUGUUGGGAGUGUUCAGAGACGACUCAAAGACACGCGAAGAAUUUUUGAACCUAGUCCAGUCAAAUUAAAUUUUGUCAAAACAGCAUCAACAUUACAUUCACAAAACAUUUCAACAGCGAAUCUUUGUAAUCCUAAUGAAUUACUAUUAUCAUUCGUACAUAUAUAUAUAUAUAUAUAUAUAUAGAUAUAUAUUUUUAUAAUAUAUAUAUAUAUUUAUAUAGCGUUACACAAACUUAUUAGCCACUCACUUAUCUACGUAUACACGAGAAAAAAUAUCUACUGGAAUAUGUGUGAACACUUCUGAUUAAAGCACAUAAUAUAUAUUCACAUAAAAAGCUGGAAUUUAAAAUUAUUAUUAAAAAAAAAAAUCAGUUAAUUGUUAUUAAUUAACAUAACAAACUACUUUCUUGAUAAUAUUAUUUCCAAAGAGUAGGUAUAUCUUCCCAUAAAUAUUAACUAAUCGUUAUUUUAGUAAAUAUAAUCAGUUUUCAACUCAAUGGACUAAUUCUAAUCUUUACUUCAUCUUUUAUUCAUUCAACUCAUUAAGUAACCAAGCAGAAAAUGUAUUUUUUUUCCAUUCUUCAGUAUUAACGAAAUGAAAACGAAAAACUGAUUUAUUAAUGUCCAAAAUUGUUAUAUUAACAUAUAUUAUAUCAACUUAGUAUUAAUCGAAAAUUAUCAUAAUCAUUAUACCUACUAUAAUAAAUUAUUGAUAAACUGUUAAUCAAUAAACCCUGGUUCUUUUCCUGCUCCCUUGUUCCUCAGAGACAAGUCACGUGUUAAUGUUUGUUAUUUUAAAAAAAAAAUUCUAUAACUAUUAUUGUUUUUAUAUUUUUGUCAAAGUGUUAUUGUCGUAAAAUAGAUUUUAUUGUUCUGGUUUGAUUAAUACUUUAUUAUAACCAAAUUGUAUUGAAAAAUAAUAUAUUCGCUUUGUGCACGGUUUGGUUAUACUUUGCAUUUAUUGAUAAUUAUAUAUUGAUCAUUAUAAAUUAUUUAAAUUAUUCAUAUAAUAAAAUAAUAUAUUAUAUCAUCAAUUCAAAA